AUGGUGUCUGCACGGCUCAGCUAUGCACCGGCAGAGGGCGGGGCUCACAUCACCUCUGUAGACUUUCACACAAGUCUCAGUACAAUCAACACACCAGGACUACUUCACAUCCAAUGCUUUGCACAUUUUCAACACGGAUUUCUGAAUGGCCUUUUCAAACGGGAAGUUACAAGUCAUUUUACGUCUUGUUCUACUUUACGCAGGUGUCACAAAUGCAAUGCAAGUAACGGAAACCGGGCCUCAGACGAUUAA